AUUACGGCACUUAAUAAUCAAGAUGGUGGUGCAAGGAUCGUAUUUUCUCCUCUGUCGAUUAUCAAGGUCGGUUUUACGUAAGUCCGAUUCCUGGUUCCACCCAUGGAGUUUAAAAUAUUCACGGGCCCACUUAUUGUCAAUGAUCAGGAAUCUUUCAACAGCAACUGUUGAGCCUUCGGAUCAAAAGAAGCAUUGUAAUGUUGGGACUAUCGGUCAUGUGGAUCACGGAAAGACAACUUUGACAGCAGCAAUCACAAAGGUACUUGCUGAUGCCGAUGCUGAAAAAACAAAAUUUAUCAAAUAUGAAGACAUAGAUCGAACACCCGAAGAAAAGAAACGCGGAAUCACUAUCAACUCCACCCACGUGGAAUACGAGACGGUAAAUAGGCACUAUGCUCAUACAGAUUGUCCUGGUCAUAUAGAUUAUGUCAAAAAUAUGAUCACUGGAACUUCUCAAAUGGAUGGUGCUAUUCUAGUGAUAGCCGCAACAGACGGCACAAUGCCACAGACCAGGGAGCACUUGUUACUUGCCAGACAAAUUGGUGUUCAGAAUAUAGUGGUGUACAUUAAUAAAGCUGAUCUUGUGGAUAGAGAGAUGCUUGAACUUGUAGAACUUGAAGCGAGAGAGCUUCUAGAUGAAUAUGGAUUUGACGGCAUCAACUCUGCGGUAGUGGCAGGCUCAGCCUUGUUGGCAAUGAAAGGUGAACAGGACGAAAUAGGAAAAAAUUCAAUUUUAAAAUUGCUAGAGGCUCUUGAUCAGACAGUUCCCACUCCAACUCGUGUUUCAGGACCUUUUCUUAUGCCAGUGGAGACUGCUGUGUCAGUACCAGGUCGUGGAACUGUUGCUAUUGGAACCAUCAUUCAAGGUGUUCUGAAAAAGGGACAAGAUAUUGAUCUUUUGGGAUUUGGGAAUUUCCUCAAGACAGCUGCUUCAGACAUUCAAGUUUUCCGCAAAUCUGUGCCAAAAUGUGUCGCAGGAGACAAUGUUGGUACUCUUCUCAGAGGCAUCAAGGCAGAUUUUGUGCUGCGAGGCAUGUAUCUUGCAGAGCCAGGAUCAGUGCAGCAGUAUGACACCUUUGAAGCACAGGUUUACGUUUUAACAAAGGGAGAAGGAGGGCGUUCAAAACCAAUUUUGGAUAAAUACAUUCAGGUGAUGUACAGCAAGACAUGGGAUAUUGCUAGUUGCAUCAAGUUGCCUGACAGCAUGCCCAUGUUGAUGCCCGGAGAUGUAGCCACAGUGCAAGUGAUAUUGCGGAAGGCAAUGGUUAUUAAAGAGGGUCAGCGUUUCACCAUUCGUGAAAAUAAUUUGACAUCUGUUACAGGCCUGGUUACAAAGACUCUUCCUUCUUCUGAUAUUAAGCUUCCAGGAUUCAACUGGGAACGGCCACGUAGUCAUAAAAUAGAAGGCAACGCAUGGCUAACAAUGAAGAAUCGUGCCAAAAAAUGAAGACAGAUAAAUACUUUCAAAAUGCACAGUAAAAAAUUUGUUUAAAUCAGUUCUUAUGUUUUUAAUAUAUAUGUGCAGUUAUUUUUAGCACAAAAAAUGUGCGGACUUUCAUCUGUUGAGCAGUGCAGACAGUACCAGUUCUCAUAAGCUUGCAUUCCUGUUUUUUGUUUAUGCAAUCUUUCUAGUGAGUACUAUUACUAGCAAAUAUAGGAACAUUCUGCCAAACAAAUGUUAAAUCUCAGCAGGGUACAAGUGUUUCAGCUUCCACUUGAAAUUGUUGCUGUUGAAAGGGGCUCUGCUUCCCAGGGUCUGGCAAUGGCUAGACAGUUAAAGACUUAAUUACAUGAUGUGAACAUGGGUGUUUUAUAAAAUAGAUGGGCUUAAAUGCUUCAUAACCCUAUUCUUGGUGUUCAUGUCACAUAUGAUGAUGUCAUAGGAAUUGUCUAAUCAAAUAGUCACUUAAAAUUGAGAUUUCUCAUUUGA